AUGCAGGACAAUUCUUUGCUGUGCUGUACUAGCCUGGCCCUCGGACCCCCGCCCCGCCCGCUCUCCCGCCCGCCCGCGGAGGACUACAAGUCCCGGCGUGCCCCGCGCGCUCGGCCGGCCGGCUGCACCGGGGCUGGGCGCGUGGCGGCCGCCGAGCUCUGCGCGGGGGAAAGCCUCCCGCCGCCGGCCGUGCGGGGAGUUGCUGAAGUAAAGGAACCCUGCAGCCUUCCCAUGCUAUCUGUUGACAUGGAAAACAAGGAAAAUGGCUCUGUCGGUGUAAAAAAUUCCAUGGAGAAUGGGAGGCCACCAGACCCUGCAGACUGGGCUGUGAUGGAUGUCGUCAACUAUUUCCGAACAGCGGGAUUUGAGGAGCAAGCUAGUGCUUUUCAGGAGCAGGAAAUUGAUGGAAAAUCCCUGCUAUUGAUGACAAGAAAUGACGUGUUGACAGGACUUCAGUUAAAACUGGGGCCUGCUCUGAAAAUCUACGAGUAUCAUGUUAAACCUCUGCAGACAAAGCAUUUAAAGAACCACUCUUCAUAGUACAGUCAAGUUGGGGUCUUAGACCUCAAAAAAUACAUAAUGACAUAAUUUAGUUUCAUGUGAUGAAACUUUGUAAACAGAAUACAUACAUGUGUAUAUGUAAAGAAUUUCAGUCAAAUGAAACGUUAUCCUAUUGGAUAGACUAGGCAAUCCAUCAGCUGACCUGAAUUCAGCCAGGAGGAGCAAGGAUAACUUAUAGACAGGAUGGUUUUCCUGGUGGAUCUUGUCAAAUUGAGUGAUCUUUGACACAAUUAGACACCCCUCCCCACCAAAGGGAUUUUCUUCUCAAAUUGCUUUCCCAGAAUCCUUGAAAAAGGAUUGAAUUGAAUGAUCUUUUGGUUACAGAUGUAGGGAGAUUAAAAACAAGAACACUUGGGGGAAGGGGAGAAAAGAAAGAUUGCUGUCUCCCUUGAAUUCCUCUGCUCCUUAGAGCUUGUGUUAUUUGGAUGGAAUUGCCGACACCCUUUUUUAUAGAGGGUCCUCCACUUGACCUUAUUAAGGUUUCACUGGGAUAUACUGCGAUGUUUGAGACGAUCGUGCGUCAUGGCCCCUACAGGAGCAGAACCUCUGAAAAAGAGAAACUCUGUUGUGUCUUCGGGAUGUCCCUCCAUCUUCAGCUUCUUUCAUAGGGGGUAACGGUAUUUUCUGCAUAGAUUUACUUUCAAAUUGGCUCUUUGUUUCCGAAGAAGAAAACAUUUUUUCACUUUAUGGUUUGUAUUUAUACGAAUUUGUUUCUGAAGGAAUUUGCCAAGAGUUAUAGAUCAAAAAGCCUUGUUACUAGUACAGAAUAUUUUUAUAUAUAUUCCUUCAUGAUGGUGUAAUAUUUUUUUAAUUGCUCUGAUGCUCUGUUGGAUUCUUGGUUUGAGUACUUGUUUUUAAGAACUUGAAAAAGUGGGCUUGCUACAUCUCUGUUCAAAGAGACAUUGGUUCAAAUCUCUGUGUGUCAAUGCCUUGUUGAACUGGUGCUUUGUGGUCACAAUAAAGCAUUGCUUCGGUUUA